AGCCCACUCACUCACCGGCUGCACUUGGCCACAUUUGGAUUUGCAAUGGAGGAGGAGAAACCUGCACCGACGGAAGCACCGCCACCAGCAGAAGAAGAAGAGCCAAAACAACUGAAACCUUCUCUCUUCCCUCUCUUUCCCGCUUCAGACGCCUCUAGCUCGCAGCCUCAGCGCCCCAGUGUCCCUCAAUGGCUCAAUAACUCCAGCUUCACAGCCGACCUCUCCCUUAUCACCGACGCGGUUUUCAACGUAAACCCCGCCUCCCUCUCCAGCCCACCAGAACCCGAAACAGACUCAGAACAAGAAGAAGAGCCGCAAGAGAAACGGUUCAAAUCGAAUCCCAAGCCUUCCUAUGAGCUUCUCGAAUCUUCCUCCGAAUCCGACCGAGGCACAAGGAAGGAAAGCACCGAGAAGAGGACGAAGAGGAGGAAGAAGCGGAAGAGGAAGAAGUCCAGAGAGAGAGGAGGGCUCGACGAUUACCACCGGGCGAGAAAGUCCGAUGUUCGAGCUUGGGCGGGUUCGGAAACUAAGCCUUCCAAAGACUGUUACUUCGAUUCGCGCGGUGAUCCUGAUAAUUUGGCUUUCGGGUGCCUUUACAGAAUGGAUAUUCCCCGCUACAAACCUUAUAAUCCUUUGAAGCUAUCCGGGCUUGAUUUUCAAAGUUCAUACCGGCGGAACCAGAGGGGUUCAGUGUUUGAUAGAGAUGGUGAUGUUGAUGCAUUGGAUAGUAAAUUAGUAUCUGAGCGGUUACGUUUUCUUGCACCUCAAAAGUCCACAGCAGAUGAGUUCAUUCCUUUAUCAGAUAUUCAAACCUUCGAUGAAGGUGUUGAUGGUAGUUCUUUCUCAGGAACUUCAAUGAUUGAAGAAUCUUGGGAAGAUGAAGUUCUACGCAAAACACGGGAGUUCAACAAACUGACAAGGGAGCAACCACAUAAUGAAAAGGCCUGGUUGGCUUUCGCAGAGUUCCAGGACAAGGUUGCGGGUAUGCAACCCCAGAAAGGUGCUCGCUUGCAGACUCUUGAAAAGAAGAUUAGCAUAUUGGAGAAGGCAGCUGACCUUAACCCAGAUAAUGAAGAUUUGUUGCUUUGUCUUCUGAAGGCUUAUCAUAGCAGAGACAGCACUGAUGUCUUGCUUGGUAGAUGGGAAAAGAUACUCAUGCAUCAUCCAGGAAGUUACAAGCUGUGGAGAGAAUUCCUGCAUGUUGUUCAAGGGGAGUUCUCAAGAUUCAAGGUUUCGGACAUGAGAAAAAUGUAUGCAUAUGCAAUCCAGGCUCUAUCUGCUGCAUGCAGCCAGCACUCUAGGCAGGUUCAGCAUUCUGCAAAGCCGCUCACUCCAGAUACUGCAAUUGUUCAGCAAGAACUUGGUCUUGUUGAUAUAUUCCUGAGUCUUUGCAGGUUUGAGUGGCAGGCUGGUUACCAGGAGUUGGCUACUGCUUUAUUUCAGGCUGAACUUGAAUUUAGUUUGUUUUGUCCUUUACUUCAAACUGAGCAGAGUAAAAGGAGACUGUUUGAGCACUUUUGGCAUAGUGAAGGUGCAAGAGUUGGAGAAGAAGGGGCCCUUGGUUGGUCCACAUGGUUGGAGAAAGAGGAGGAGAAUAGGCAAAGGAUUGUCAAGGAGGAGACCUCACUUGAUGAUGAAAAAGGUGGUUGGACAGGUUGGUCCGAACCACUAUCCAAGGAUAAAGAUAGUGGUAUAAAUUCAUUAAAUGCAGCCAACAAUGACUUGGCUGAUGAGGAGCUUCAAGAGGAAUUUGAGAAUGAAGAUAUCAAGCAGGAAGAUGAAACUGAAGCUUUACUAAAAAAACUAGGCAUUGAUGUUGAAGCUGAGGCUAGCUGUGAGGUUAAAGACACUUCCACUUGGUCUAGAUGGUCAGAAGAAGAGUCAUCAAGGGACCGUGAUCAAUGGAUGCCUGUCCAUGGGAAAUCUGCUGGGGGUUCUCAUAGCGAUGAGUCACCUGAUAGAGAAGCGGAUGAACAACUUUCGAGAGUUAUAUUGUAUGAAGAUGUCAAUGAGUACCUGUUUUCAUUAUGCUCAGGAGAGGCCCGUUUAUCUCUAGUAUCCCAUUUCAUUGAUUUCUUUGGUGGGAAAAUAUCUCAAUGCAUUUGCACAAACAGUUCUAGUUGGAUUGAGAAAAUCCUCAGCUUAGAGGCAUUGCCAGAUUCGAUAUUACUACCUUUGAAAGGGGUUCAUGAUGCUUCAACCAAAACACAAACCAGACUGAAUGGUUUCAGUUUGGAAGAGCUUUUGGGCAGCACCACUGACAUCUCUAAGAGGAUUGACAUGAUGAAAUUUCUUCGUAAUGCUACACUACUUUUUUUAACUGCUUUUCCGCGUAAUUACACCCUGGAAGAAGCUGCUCUAGUUGCUGAAGAGCUAUCUGUUACGAAAAUGAAUUCUUGCGGCAGCUUUGAUACACCAUGUCGAGCUCUGGCAAAGCGUCUGUUAAAAAGUGAUCGACAGGACGUAUUGCUAUGUGGAGUUUACGCACAAAGAGAGGCUGCUUAUGGGAAUUUUGAUCAUGCAAGAAGAGUGUUUGACAUGGCACUUUCAUUAAUUGAAGGGCUACCAAUGGAACAACGGUCGAAUGCUCCUCUUCUAUAUUUUUGGUAUGCUGAGGCAGAGGUGGCCAAUAAUCCUGACAAUAGUAGCGAAUCAACAUUUCGUGCACUGCACAUUUUAUCGUGCUUAGGAAGUAGUGCAACAUAUAGUCCAUUUAAAUGUCAACCAUCAAAUCUACAGCUGCUGAGAGCACACCAAGGGUUUAAAGAAAAAAUAAGAACAGUAAGAUCUGCUUGGAUACGUGGUCUUAUAGAUGAUCAAUCUAUUGCUCUUAUAUGUUCAGCAGCUUUAUUUGAGGAGUUGACCACUGGGUGGGCUGCGGGUAUUGAAGUUUUGGAUCAAGCUUUUGCGGUUGUGCUUCCAGAGAGAAGAAGCCAUAGUUAUCAACUUGAGUAUUUGCUCAAUUAUUAUGUGAGGAUGCUUCAGAGACAUCAUAAGCAAUUUAGCCUAUCAAAGAUCUGGGAGUCCAUCUCUCGGGGGCUGCAAAUAUAUCCUUUCAGCCCAGAACUUUUUAAAUCCUUAGUGGAGAUUGGCCAUCUUUACACAACAUCCAAUAAACUGCGGUGGAUGUUUGAUGACUUCUGUCACAAGAAACCAUCUGUGAUUGUUUGGAUUUUCGCUCUGUUGUUUGAGAUGAGUAGAGGAAGCUCCCAGCAUAGGAUCCAUGGAUUGUUUGAAAGGGCAUUGGCAAAUGAUAAUUUGCGUAACUCGGUUUUACUUUGGCGUUAUUAUAUUGCUUAUGAGAUUAACAUAGCCCACAAUCCUUCUGCAGCCAAGCGAAUUUUCUUCCGAGCUAUCCAUGCCUGUCCAUGGUCUAAAAGGCUUUGGCUCGAUGGUUUUCUCAAGCUGAACUCGGUCCUAACUGCGAAAGAGCUGUCGGAUCUCCAAGAAGUCAUGCGGGAUAAGGAACUGAACCUGAGGACGGAUAUUUAUGAAAUCCUUUUGCAGGAUGAGCCCAUAUCAUGAAAUUGUCUGUUACUCUGCUUAUAGCAGGAGCAAAUGAAAUAAAAAAAUAAAAAAUUAUGGAUUGAACUUGUGCAAAGUAUGGAUGGCAUGGAAGAAAAGCUUUAAAAAUAGUGAGGUAUAUGGUAAUUUCAACUAUGGUAUCGGAUUUCUUUGGAUACAGCAAAAGUUGAAAAUAAUUCUGAAAAUGCAGCUUCUCUGGGUCAUGGGUGGUGAUGGUUUAUUUAUCGGAAAGCAUGAAGUUCAGUUCUAUGAUGGUUGUGCAGCUUUAAAGAUAAUGAGUUUCAGGGCUACUGUAUCUUAGAAGGCAAGGGCUGAACUUGAUAAUGAGCCUGAUCUGGUAUGUGAUUAAAAAUCCUCCAAGAGCUCAAGGAACCUGAUAAUGGAUUCUCCACACAAUGAGAAACAUACCGAGCUGUGGAGAACGCGAACGCGAACGCGAGGACGAUCUGGGAAGAAGGCGAGUGACAAUUACGUGCGGCUAGAGAGCGUCAGUCAGCGGGAUUUCACUGAUCUAGUUCAUAAAAUCUUAAUGCCAAUUCGGAUUUCGGAGAACCCAACAAAUUAAUGCUGAUCAUAAUCCUCUUUUCCAGAGGUUUGACUUCGAUUAUAACAUACGAGUUACAAGAUCAGUCGCAUGAGGCCAAAAACCAUGCCCA